AUGGAUCAAAAUGCUUCUAUGGAAGAAGGAAAGGUUUCAAAAUACGGGCUUGAAUUCAUGAAAUCAGUUUCAGAUAAGAAUCUUGAUCUUUUGAGGCCCUCAGCUCGCUGUUUCUCAAUGUUCAAAGCAGGCUAUACAACAAACAGUGACAAUGACAAAUAUACCCUCAUUAGAGAUGAUGCAGAUGACUUCCAACAAGGGAUUUACGACAAACCUCUUCCUUGCUUUGGCUGUGGAGUUGGAUGGUUUUCUUUCCUACUAGGGUUUGCAUUUCCAUUGAUGUGGUACUAUGCUACAUUUCUCUAUUUUGGAAACUACUAUAAGAGAGAUCCUAGGGAGCGUGCAGGUCUUGCUGCUUCUGCAAUUGCGGCAAUGGGGUUUUCUGUUAUUGUGUUGAUCAUAGGAGCAAUCCUAUUGUUCUAAAUGCACAUUUUGAUCCUUUUUGGAGACAACUUGUUGAACAUAACUAUAAAAUUGUAGCUUAAUGUUACAAUUUCCAUACCCAAACAUGUACACAGUCUUAUGAGGUUAGAAAAGCUUAUCGAAUGUUCAAACUUAU